AUCCGAAGCUUGAAUUGAAGGUAUGGCUGCUCUCCACUUCUUCAACUUCUACAAACCCUUAUUCCGAAUCCAUUCUCGUAAACUCUUCAUCACCAACGUUGGCACAUCCAACAACCGUCUUCAUAAACCCAACACCAACAUAAUCCGGUUUCUUUCUUCUUCCUCAACAUCUCUAGGGCACUCAAAUGUAUCGAAAACCGUAGGGUCUUCUGAAAAUGUUUCAAAAUCAAAAGAACAUGAGCUGUGGCUCUAUAAUACGAUGAGCAAAGAGAAGGAGUUGUUUAAACCUAAAGUUGAGGGUAAAGUUGGGAUGUAUGUUUGUGGUGUUACUGCUUAUGAUCUUAGUCACAUUGGUCAUGCUAGGGUUUACGUUUCCUUCGAUAUCCUUUUCAGGCAGAUAUCUACGGUUCAUGGGAUAUGAAGUCAAUUAUGUUCGAAACUUUACUGAUGUUGAUGAUAAGGAUAGCUUAGUGCAAUUUUCAAAUUCUGUAGAUAAUUGCUAGAGCAGUUCAAUUGGGAGAGGAUCCAAUCAGCUUAAGCAGACGCUUUUGUGAAGAGUUUAAUAGAGACAUGGACUAUCUUCACUGCUUACAUCCUACUGUAGAACCUCGUGUUUCUGAUCACAUGCCCCAAAUCAUUGAUAUGAUAAAACAAAUUCUUGACAAUGGACGUGCCUACAGAGUUGAAGGUGAUGUAUAUUUUUCUGUUGACGAGUUUCCUCAAUAUGGGCGACUUUCUGGGCGGAAGUUAGAAGAUAAUCGAGCUGGUGAACGUGUAGCAGUUGACUCGAGGAAAAAGAAUCCAGCUGAUUUUGCUCUGUGGAAAUCUGCAAAGGAGGGUGAGCCUUUUUGGGAGAGUCCAUGGGGAGCUGGAAGACCUGGAUGGCAUAUAGAAUGCAGUGCAAUGAGUGCUGCUUAUUUAGGUUACUCGUUUGAUAUUCAUGGCGGUGGAAUGGAUCUUAUUUUUCCCCACCACGAAAAUGAAAUCGCCCAAAGUUGUGCGGCAUGUGAUAAAAGCAACAUAAGCUAUUGGAUACACAACGGUUUCGUGACAAGCGACUCUCAAAAAAUGUCCAAAUCACUUGGUAACUUUUUCACAAUUCGCCAGGUUAUAGAACUAUAUCAUCCAUUGGCGUUGAGGCUUUUCCUGAUUGGAACACACUACCGAUCCCCUAUCAACUACUCUGAUGUACAGCUGGAAACUGCUUCUGAUCGCGCUUAUUACAUAUAUCAGACAUUGCAAGAUUGUGAAGAUGUCGUAGGCCAGCAAAAUGAAUCUAGUCAGAAAGAAAAUAUACCUACUGAAAUACUCGAUUGCAUAAAAACUUUUAACGAUGUAUUUAUUACUUCAAUGUCUGAAGAUCUUCACUCUCCAGUUGUCCUCUCUGCAAUCUCUGAUCCUUUGAAAACUGCCAAUGAUCUUCUUCAUACCCGUAAGGGGAAGAAGCAAAAAGCACGGAUACCGUCACUUGCUGCUAUAGAGAAGGCUAUCAGGAAUGUUCUUGAUAUUUUAGGGCUUAUGCCAGCAAGUUACCAUGAGGUUCUGCAGCAGCUGAGGGAAAAGGCACUGAAGCGAGCAAAGUUAACCGAAGACCAAGUUAUUGAACAAAUCAAUGAUAGGAACACUGCACGCAAAAGUAAGGAGUAUGAACGAUCAGACGCGAUCCGAAAACACUUGGCUACACUUGGUAUCGCCCUCAUGGAUAGUCCCGAGGGCACAACCUGGAGACCAGCUAUUCCGCUUGCCAUGCAAGAACAGCAUUCCCCACAAUCUUGAAAUCACAAUUUAUUUAGCAGGAACACAAGCUGCUGAUUCGUCUGGUGCCUGUUCAACAGUUUUAAACUAAUUAGUACGGUUUCAUUUGUUGGUUUAGCUAUAGAUUGAGUUUGUCUCGAGUCCAUUUGUUUUAGAUUGGACGUUUGUUUGUCUUCGAAUUAUUUUAUCACUAAUAUACAGAGGUUGGUUCUCGUAA